AUGACUGCGCAAACACAAGAGGAGCUUCUUGCUGCUCACCUCGAGCAGCAAAAGAUCGAUCCUGAUGAGCCCGUGGUUGAAGAUGACGACGAUGAUGAAGAUGAUGAUGAUGCUGAGGGACAAGAAGAUGGGGAUGCAAGUGGUAGGUCAAAGCAGAGUAGAAGUGAGAAGAAGAAUCUCAAGGCAAUGUUGAAGCUUGGAAUGAAACCCAUCCCUAGUGUUAGUCGUGUAACUUCAAAAAGAGAACGAAUGUUCAUCUUUAUACCUUUUUAUUUAAUUGUUGCUUGA